UAUUGCCGCCUCCUUUCCGCUUUAAACCAAUUUCCGUCGCGUUAGAAGAUAAGUACUCUCAUUGGAGGACUAUCAGCUGCGUUCUAUAGCUGCGUUGAAAAAAACGUUUAAACUGUUUUUAAACCAAGUGUACGGUGAAGAUUUCUGUGACGUUACUUUGCUGUGUAAAACAGGAUACCGGAUAAAAAGAAAGGUUAAAGACACAUCAAUUACAUAUAACAGCAUCGGGACAAAAUUACACUGAAAUACGACAUGCAAGAUACGAAGGAAAUGAACGGAGAAAAGGUGAGUCAAAAACACGAGGAGUAUCAAUAUUUGCGACUUAUCGAAAAAGUUAUCAAAACUGGAGGAAAGAAGAGUAAUCGCACUGGUGUCGAUACGUAUUCUAUUUUUGGCACGCAAAUGCGAUUUGGAUUACGAGACGGUGUCUUUCCAUUACUGACAACUAAGAGAGUAUUUUGGAAAGCAGUGGUUGAGGAGUUGUUGUGGUUCAUCAAAGGAUCGACAAAUUCUAAAGUAUUAACAAACAAAGGUGUACACAUCUGGGAUGAGAAUGGUUCACGUGCCUUCUUGGAUUCCUGUGGUUUCACUGAUAGAGAAGAAGGUGAUUUGGGACCUAUCUAUGGAUUCCAAUGGAGACAUUACGGUGCUGAAUACAAAGAUAUGCGUGCAGAUUACACAGGACAAGGAAUAGAUCAACUGAAGGAAGUUAUUCACAAAAUCAAGCAUUCCCCAGAUGACAGACGUAUUAUAAUGUCUGCUUGGAAUCCAACUGAUAUUCCAAAAAUGGCGUUGCCACCAUGUCACAGUUUCAUCCAGUUUUAUGUGAAUAAUGGAGAAUUGUCUGGGCAGCUUUAUCAAAGAAGUGCAGAUAUGGGUUUGGGAGUACCGUUUAACAUAGCAUCGUAUUCUUUGCUGAUUUAUAUGAUCGCUCAUGUUACUGGCUUAAAGCCAGGAGAAUUUGUACAUACAAUGGGAGACUGUCACGUUUAUGUCAACCAUGUAAGCGCUCUUGAAGAACAAAUUCAACGCGAACCACGAGAUUUUCCUAAAUUGAAGAUAAUACGGGAGAUCAAAGAUAUCGACGACUUCGUUGCUGAGGAUUUCGAGCUGAUAGAUUAUAAUCCGCAUUCCAAACUGUAUAUGAAAAUGGCUGUUUGAGGUAUAUCUCUUAAAACAGGGCUCGAAUAAAA